UUGUUUACUUACCGUUAUCGUGUUAUUGUCACCGUCGGUAAACACCAAAACCAAACAAUUCGAUUGGACAUUUUUUUUAUUUUUCAAGCAAUUCAAACUUUGAUUAGUUAUUAGUGUUAUUACUUAUUUCUCACAAGUGCAGUAAUUAUAAACUGAAACGGAAGACAUUUCUCGUCUUUUAGUUUUGUCGUUAGUUACACAUCAUUUAAAUCCCAAUAAUCGUGCGUUGAGAUGGUGUACUUACAUUUUCCAACGAAUCUGACAGAAGAAGAACUCAUGCUGCAAAACAAGUAUCAAAAAUUGAGAAAAAAGAAAAAAGCAUUGCUAGUGCAAAAAACACCUCGACCUGAACCCGAGCCUUCACCUGUACUCAAUCCCAAAAGGCCCAAAGAAACGGCUCGCGACGCAAGGGAAAUAGCGAAAAAGCUAUUGAAGUCUGGUGCCAUUGGACCGAUAAAAAAAGUACCCAAUCGUACAGACCAGGAAUCAUUUAAAAGACCUUGUGGAAUGGAACGCAAAUUGUUGGUUACUACUCAGGCUUUAAGUAGCUAUCAACCUUUUUCUGCAGCUUCACCUGGCAUCAAAACUGAAGUCAUUCCCGAUAGCACUCCAAAAGCAACUCCGACUACUAAAUUCUCUAAUUUGUAUAGUAGUUUUGUUUCUUCCACUUCCAAAACCAUUCCACCUGCUUCGAGUUCACCAGAACCCGUUCCCGAACAACCUACUCGUAAGGACAUCACUAUAUUUGUUGGAGGAAGUAGUUCCAUGACUGAAGAAUUUUUAAGAUCUACAUUUAGUAAAUUUGGUACAAUAAUUAAUAUAUCCAUGGAAAUAGAAAAAAAUCGAGGAUUCAUCACAUUCAACUCUCCAGAUAUUGCUGAAAAAGCAGUAGCUCAAAUGAACACAACUACAGUCUCUGGUAUUAAAUUAAAAGUUUCUAUUUCACGAAAUCAGCCAAUUGAAUUUGGCGAUAAAGGAAUUAAUUCAUGGAAUGCAAUUGCUACCAAUAAAUCACAAAAAGGAAAUCAACGAGAUGAUCGUUCGCUGGUGUCAUAUGAUGAUUUAUUAUAAAAAAAAGUUGUUUUUAUUUAUUUUAUAUUUUAUUAAUGUAAUAUUUUUUUUUUUUUUAUCGUAGACCAAGACGUGGUCGUGUAAUCUAUUUUAUUGAUGUAAUUUUUAUAAACUGUUUUAUUAAAAAAAAAAAAGUUUUGUCGUUUA